CUUAAAUCACAUGUAAACAAUGUCUUCACAUUUUUUCUUCUUCAACUUCUGAACAUCUUAAGUUGUCAAGCCAUGAAGCUCAAGUAAAAACUUUCACAAGAACUUGUGUAUUUUAGGCCUGGAUGAAUAAUUUGCAAUAGACAUUUGUCAUUUUUUGAGGCGUGAAAUGCCUCUCUGCAUUCUGAUACUCCGAUACUGGCCAUAAUUUCUUUUAAGUGGUGGUACGAUGCAUUGUGUGAGGUGAAUGUCUUUGGCCUUGAGCUAAUCAGGGUAACCAUCUUAUCUUGGGUUUCUGAAAUCCAUGCAAGGGAUAUCUGUAGUGCUGCUUGGCAGAGUUAUUUGAGAUUGUGGAGGAAGCCUCGGGUGUAAACUAUCAUUUAUCACCAGAAGCCAGAAGGCAAUUCAUAGAUGUUAAUUGAGUUUUGCAAUUUUAUUGACCUUAUGUAAAUGGCUCAUGUGCGGAGAGUGUGGCCAGGCGUUUUAUCAGAGUCGAGGGGGCCACCUCACUUAUCUCGGUCGCAGAUGCACUCAUAGUCCAGAGGUCUGGCCAGAUAGGAGGAUCUCAGGGCCAGUGGGCCAGCCUGGCUGCUUCUUCGCUUCCAGUGCUUCCUCUGAGCCCUCCGCCGCCGCUGCUGCCGCCGCUGCUCUCCUCACGACAGCAUGAAGCCUACAGCGCUGGUGAACCCUCGUCCCACUGCCGAGCUGGACCGCCUGGAUGUGUCUGGGCCGGCUGUGUCCCCCAACGCGCUGUCCUGCGGCUCGGACGGGGCCUACGGCCUGGACGUGGUCGACAGCACGCCCGACCCGCAGCGCACCAAGCUGGCCAUCGCCCAGCUGCAGCAGAAGAUCCUCAAGCUGACCGAGCAGAUCAAGAUCGAGCAGACGGCGCGCGACGACAACGUGGCCGAGUACCUGAAGCUGGCCAACAACGCCGACAAGCAGCAGAGCGCGCGCAUCAAGCAGGUGUUUGAGAAGAAGAACCAGAAGUCGGCGCAGACCAUCCAGCAGCUGCAGCGCAAGCUGGAGCACUACCACCGCAAGCUGCGCGAGGUGGAGCACAACGGCAUCCCGCGGCAGCCCAAGGACGUCCUCCGAGACAUGCACCAGGGCCUGAAGGACGUGGGCGCCAAGGUGACAGGUGGCCUCUCCAGCUUCUCCCAGGCCACGCACUCGGCGGCCGGCGCGGUGGUGUCCAAGCCGCGCGAGAUCGCCUCGCUCAUCCGCAACAAGUUCGGCAGCGCCGACAACAUCGCCGGCCUCAAGGACUCCCUGGAUGAGACGCAGGGAGAGGACGGCGGCGUGCCUGGCCCCGGCGCCCGAGCCCUCGGCGGAAGCGGCAGUGGUGGCGGGCAUCUGCAGUCCAGCCCCAAGUACGGCAGCGAGGACGACUGCUCGAGCGCCACCUCGGGCUCGGCCGGGGCCAACAGCACCACGGGGGCGCCCGGCGGACCGCCCAGUUCCCGUGGCAACACGCUGGAGCACGGCCAGAGCUUGGGCCUGGAGGCGCUCUACCAGGAGGUGCAGGAGCUGAGGGACAGCCAGGGCCGACUGGAGGAGUCCUUUGAGAGCCUGAAGGCGCACUACCAGAAGGACUACACGCUCAUCAUGCAGGCCUUGCAGGAGGAGCGCUACCGGUGUGAACGUUUGGAGGAGCAGCUGAACGACUUAACAGAGCUCCAUCAGAAUGAGAUUCUGAACCUGAAGCAGGAGCUGGCCAGCAUGGAGGAGAAGAUCGCCUAUCAGUCCUAUGAGAGGGCCAGGGACAUCCAGGAGGCGCUGGAGGCGUGCCAGACGCGCAUCUCCAAGAUGGAGCUGCAGCAGCAGCAGCAGCAGGUGGUGCAGCUGGAGGGCCUGGAGAACGCCACGGCGCGCACGCUCCUGGGCAAGCUCAUCAACGUGCUGCUGGCGCUCAUGGCCGUGCUGCUGGUGUUCGUGUCGACAGUGGCCAACUGCGUGGUGCCGCUGAUGAAGACGCGCAGCCGGACGCUCUCCACGCUGCUGCUCGUUCUGCUGCUGGCCUUCCUCUGGAGGCACUGGGAGGUCAUCUCGCAGUACCUGGACCGCUUCCUGCUGCACCCCAGAUGACCUGGCCAGCCGCACCUCCGCUACCGUCAUAGCCACACGCCCACCCACCCACCCACGUCCGGCUUGGUAAACGGGUGGGAGGGAGAGAGAGAGAGAGAGAGAGUUGACUCUGUGCGAGGACGAGGAGCUGAAGGAGGAAGAAAAGAAGGAAGCAGGCAGAAAGACGGUGGAACAGAGGGAUCACAGGUGAAAUGAAGGAGGAGAAGAGACUUGCACACUGCCUGACCUCUGACCUACUUCAGAUGCACUGCUGAAGUAGGCGAGGUGGACGCACAGAGGGCACAGGGAGAGAGAGAUGACGAGCGAGAGCUCUCCCGGCUCCACCCUUUUCUCCUUUUGAGAGUGAAUUUGUUUACAUUUUAAAGGGUUUUGGACUUUGUUUAUGUUUUGAAGCCCACUGGAUAAAUCUUAAUGUUGUUUUUUUAAGUGAAUUUGAUGAGAUGCUUAUUAAUUGUUAUUUUAACUACUGUUCUUAUCAGUUUUAUGCAAAGGAUUGGGAUCUGUUUAUUUUUUAACAUUUUUUAAUUUAAAGAUUUGCAACCAUGAAAUGCGUUUGAGCUGUUGGAGUUCUCAGAGUCAGCAGAUCUCGACUUAGCCACUGCCCCUUCCUCUCCUCCCAACCUCUACUUCUGUUCUGUUCUAGUCUUUACAAAACCUCCUCCCUUCUUCUCUUGCUUCUGUUCUUUAACUCUUCACCCUAACUUGCGUUCAUUUCCCGCAUUCAUUUACUUCAAAUCUCCGAAACUGCCCCACCCCCCCGAGACGUUGACAUUGUCGUGAACGCCUGAAAGUCGCCUGCUGUGGCGUAGGUGCCCCUGGAUACUAGAUCAGGACUAUGAGACGUUUGGAGUUGUGUGCCGUUUGGUUCUCAUAAGAUUACAGAAUGGGAUGAUGACCCCAGGACAUUCUCUCUGAGAAGACCCGAUCACCUCUCUACCCAUCAGCCACCAACAUCACCCCCACCCACCCCCAGGCCCACGGCUCAUGGCCCCACAUCAGUGACCUGUGCCGUGCAAAGAUGAAGUCCUACUUACAUGAACUUCACGAACAUACUUGAAGAGCCAUGGAAGGCUCAAAGACUCUCAGUGCUUCCGUACUGUUUCUUUAUAGUGACAAUGGGAAAAAAAAUAGUCCUUUUUAGUUUUAUUUUUUAUUUUUUAAAAACUAAAAGAAUAAACACGCUGUUUAAAAACUG